ACCCUCGGCUCCCCCAUUUAAAUCUUCCUCCUCCUCAUCAGAUCAAAACACACACACACACACACACACACACACAUUGAUAACAAAAUGUCUCUUCAAACACCAUUCUCAUCAGCAUCACCAUUUUUGUUGAAGAAUCUGGGAAAAUCGAUCGGAUUUGUGAGAUCAGGGGUUGUGCGUUGUGGAUCAAGUGUUGGUGAGGAGAAUCUGGUGAUGAGUAGUGGAGUGUUGUUUCAGCCGUUUGAAGAAGUAAAGAAGGAGGAGUUUAUUGUGCCGAUUUCGCCUCAAAAAUCGCUUGCUCGUCAACGCUAUUUUGAUGAGCCUGAAGCUGCCAUUAACGAGCAAAUUAAUGUGGAAUAUAAUGUCUCCUAUGUGUACCAUGCUUUGUAUGCUUACUUUGAUCGGGACAACAUAGCACUGAAGGGCCUUGCCAAGUUCUUCAAGGAAUCAAGUGAAGAAGAAAGAGAACAUGCUGAGAAGUUAAUGCAAUAUCAGAAUAUGAGAGGUGGAAGAGUGAAGUUGAACACCAUAGUUGCGCCACCUUCAGAGUUUGAACAUGUGGAAAAGGGAGAUGCUUUAUAUGCAAUGGAGCUAGCGUUGUCUUUGGAGAAACUAGUCAAUGAAAAGCUUCUUUGUUUGCACGCGGUGGCUGAUAGGAACAAUGAUCCGCAAAUGGCAGACUUCAUUGAGAGCGAGUUUCUUGUUGAGCAGGUUGAAGCAAUAAAGAAAAUUUCAGAAUAUGUUUCUCAACUGAGAAGAGUAGGGAAAGGCCAUGGGGUAUGGCAUUUUGAUCAGAUGCUUCUUGAUGGGGGUGGUGCUGCUGCUGUUUGAAGAAUUUGGGUAGUCUAGCUAAUGGCAUUAGGUGUGUGUUUGAUGGUGUUUAAUUCAGUUUAGUAACUACUAUGAAUCACGGGCUGUGGUUUCCGGUGAAGUUAUGUUAUAUGUUGGCUAGUUAAACUACUUUUAAUUGCUAUUGUUGAAUUUAUAUUGUUAUUAUUAUAUUAGUUUUUAAACAUAAA